AUGAAGUGUGAAUGGGAUGGAUGUGAAGAAAGCAUUGAGGAAGAUUCUAAGAAGCAUUUUCUCAUGCAUAUUGAGAGGCAGAGUGCGAACAAGUGUUUGUGGAGAGGCUGCACAAGGAGUGGCGAGAUUCAAGCCAGUAAGCAUGCAUUACUAGCACAUGCGCGCAGACAUACCGGAGAAAAGCCUUUUGAAUGCCAUAUAUGUGGAAAGGAUUACACAAGAAGCGAUCCUUUGAAGAAGCAUUUGGCACGCCACGAAGCUGUGGAAAGUAAGAAUGCAAGCCUCAUUGCAAAAAUUGAGUAUCUAGGUGUUCUACUUACUGAGCACCGCAGAGAGACGAUCCGAAUGAUGAAUCAAAUUGAGUCGAUACGACGCAACAUACAGGUAGUCAAUAGUAAAAUAAUUGGCAAAAUCAAGAAAGAUCUCUAA